UUUCCCUCCUCCCAAAUUUCACUUUCCCCCUCAUUUCUCACAAACUUUUCCAAUGGAACAACAACAACCCGAUGAUCAAACCCUAAAAAUGGAAGCGUUGAAAAAGGCUUAUGCGGAUAUGAUAUUGAAUACAUCAAAAGAAGCAGCUGCUCGUGUAAUGGCGUCGGAACGGAAAGCGCUUCGAUUUCAACACGAUCUCCGUAACGCUAAAGAUGAAGCGCUCCGUAUGCUUCUUCGAUUUAAACAUAUGUUAGAUCUAAAGACAAGUGAAACUGAAAAGGCAAACUUGGAUCAGCAAAAAAGAAUUGAAGAGUUGGAUGCGCAACUCAAUGAAGCGGAAGGUGUGAUUGUUGAUCUUAGAGCAGAACUAAGGAGUGCGUAUGAAAAAUUGGAGGAAAUGAAGAACAGACAUAUGUUACAGUCAAAUGGGCCAUCUGAAAACGAGGACAUGUCUCGGGAAAAUGCAACUCAUGAUAAGAAGUUAGAUGCUAUUGAAGGAUUGGAAGAAAUGAAGAACAGCCAUAUGCUACCAUCAAAUGGAGCAUCUGAAAAUGCGCACAUGGAUCAAGAAAAGACAGCUCAUGAUAAAAAGCGCGAUGUUAUCGAGAUAUUGGAAGAAUUGAAGAACAACCAUAUGCUACAGGCAACUGGACAGUCUGAAAGCAAUUGUAUUCAUCAAGAGAAUAUACCUCAUGCUAAGAAGUUAUAUAUUGCCAAAAGAUUGGAAGAAUUGAAGAAGAACCAUGUGCAACUGUCACAUGGACUAUCUGAAAAUGAACAAACACGUCAGGAAGAUAUCGCUCUUGAUAAGAAGUUAGAUGUUAGUGACCAGUUUAUAUGCUCUUCAGAAUAUGUGAAGUGCUUCACUCGAGCAAAAGAACCUGCUACAUCAGCUCCCAAGUUAGCUUCCAUAGUUAAUGGAAACAGAGAGCCGGAGUCAUAUAGAAAUGGAUGUACUCACAGAAUUCGAGCAAUUGCUGAGAUUACGGAUACAAAGAGCAUUAAUAGACCAGAAGCUGUAUCCAUUCACAGCAGUGUUGUAAAAGACCAAGCUGUUAAAGUUAAACUACUUCCAAGAAACCGAGUUAGGUAUGCAAAGUCGAAGCGCAAACUUUCUCGAUUUUGUAAUGCCCCUUCCAUUAAGUCCAUCAAACGAACUGAAAGGUUGAAUCUCAAGGAGAACACUCGUGUAGAUGAGAAAUUGACUGAAACUAAUGGACACGGUGCCUGUGGCAUCCGUAGAAGCAUCAGAAAAAGGAAACUUAGGUGUUGGGAUGAAAUUUCUUCUUUGUUUAAAUCACGCUCUGCUCUAUCCCGUUGCAAGAGGUACUCGGGCAGUAAUGGGGUGAAAUUUGAUGAAUGUCAAUACAGAUCAAAAUUUACAGACGCUUCUAAAGAAACUAAGUGUGAUGAGGACAGUAAGUUAGUAGAUGUCUCAGUGGUUGGAGUUGCAAGUUGCAACUCUAUGGCUGCUGCAGAAAUAGUACUCAAAACAGAUUCUGAACAAACUAGAGAUACUGAUAAAAGCAGGGAUCUGAAGUAUACGUUCAGCAGGAAGCGCAAAAAUGUUUUAUCGUGUAAAUUGGAUAACAGCUCUUCUCCUGAAAAGACCUGUUUGACCGGCGAAAAUGAGAAGCUCAAUAUGAUAGAUGACUCCAUCGACAGUGAAAACUUGGUUGAGGUUGCUUGCCAGUUGAUAUCCUUGUCUGGGGAGCAUAGUUGGUGAAAACAUUCAGGGAAUCAAUGUCAUCUCCUAAAACAGUGAGAUUUUCUUCAUAACCAAACAUAUGAUUUAUGGAAGUUCUUGAGGGCUCUUAGUCAUAUAUAUUUCAGGUAGCAUGAGUUCAUGUAUGUAUUUGCUUGCUGAAAGACUGAAAGUAUAUAUUAAGCUAUAUAAGUUCAAUCAUCCAUUUAUUCUUGUCAAUUCAUAAGUCAACAGUUACAUCAGAUUAAGUAAACAUUACAUUUUUAACAUCAUCUAAUAUACGUGAUAUGGAGGUA